AACAAACCCCAGAUUUUGUUGAUGUUUCGAUCCGGAUCACCGAGGAAAGAGAAGAACCUAGUUCACACCUGGUUACAGGUUACGCUUAUCGAUAUUGCAUAUGGAUAUCACGAUCUUGUUAUGGUACUAUUUGGCAAAAUUUGCAGGGUGUCUUGGAACUUUUAUGCGAUUGACUUUAUAGUUUGACUAUCUGGGAUGUUAAUGAAUGAACGCUGAAUGUUCAAGAGUUGUGAUUUCGUGUAUGUGAACGUUAUGAGAUGCGUCAGGAGACAGUGCGUAUGGCUCUGGAGGUUACCGGAGACAAGAUAGCUCCGAGAAACCUGCUUAUGGGAUGCGCCACAAUGAUGAUUACGAUCACGAUGACAAGGAGGAGUCUCGCAGCCAGUAUGGCUAUGGUAGUGGUGAAGAAGGCUAUGGCCGCAAGAAAUAUGGUCAUUUCAAAGAGCUCUUAUUAGAGCAUGCACCACCUCCUCCCGCCCUUGCUGAAUUCGCCAUUGCGAACUUGAUCAAGAUGGGUAUUCCACAAAGAGCAGCAGAAGGUUCUAUAGCAAUUUGCUCCUGCCACAGAGAAGCUAAAGUAGGUGAAUGGUAU